AGCAGUGACAGUGACAGCUGCCGAGCCGAUCAAAUCACUGAAACUGAAAGUUUCACAUCACAAAACUUUUUAAUUACCCACUGAUUUUUCAUCAUAUUUUGUACGUAUUAUCUAUCUCUUUCUUUUUAGUCAUUAUCAAACGUUGCCAUGGAUAGCGUGAUGAGCCCAGAGUUGAAAAUGAAGCUGAGUACUCAGGAGGCAGUCUACAGAUUACGGAACGGCUCACCUGAUUUCCGGCAUGCUUUGCGAGAGAGAUGUCGUCAUCAAGUUAAAGCAAGAAGAAGCGCCCUGUUCGACAACAUUAGAAACACAAGGUCAAGAUUAAACAUUCAAGAAACUUUGUCCGAAAUUUUUUCCACUGAAUUAAAUUUUCUUCAAAGUGAUACAAAAGACUCUGAAAUGGAAGUAUGUGCGGCUCCCAAAAAAGACGAUUCAUUUGAGCUAGAUUUACAAAUUUUUGAACAAAUAAAAAGUGAAAUCAUUCAAGAACAAGAGGCUUGGAUCUUAGCAGAAUACAACAAGUAUAUGGGCAGUGAAAUGAUGCCUGAGGACCCGAAUUCCGGAGAAAGUGUCGCUUGCCCCUUGUGCCUUCGUUGUGCGUUGGUUAGCCAAAGUUUCUCGGUAUCAUGCCCCAACGGCUGCAUUCGUUUUCCACCUCACCUGGCACUGUCCGAAAUUUACCAAACCCUCCAGUAUUCUCUUCAACUUCACGACGGCAACUGUCGAUCCAAUGCUCAGUUUUUAAAUUUUAUAGACGAUGAAAUCAGUGGACUUCAUUUGGUUUGUCACGAUUGUUCCUUUUUCCAAAAAGUUUUACCCAGCUGUACAUAAACUCACAACCACUAGGCUCUUAAAAUUGUAAAUAUUUAUUCAUUUUUAUCACUCUGACUUGUUGAUUUAUCAAACUCAAUCAAUUGAGAAAAAAUUAAUGUUGUUUUUAUCGUACUGUUUUAAAAAUUCAAAACAUCUGAAUGCAGUUAGUCGAGCAAUCAGAUUCUUAAAGCAUUUCUUGAUCUUUUUAAUGACUCUUUUAAUUGAAUCCUUCCUGAGUCAAUAAUCAUGCCACAAAACUGAUUUUCCUCUGCCGAUUGAGUUUUCUAUCUCACACAUAAAGAAUAUUUUUAAGCAAAAGGAAGUUAUCUCUUUCUCAAUAAGAACCUAAAUGGUGGGAUGCUCUCAUCGGUAUGAAUACCCAUACUAGAAUGUACAGUGCCUUCUUUUGCUUGAAGGUGUUUGUGUAAGACUGAAUUUUUUUAUCCUGCUCACCGUAUAAUUGGUGGAAACUCAGUGAGCCUUCAAAAAUGUCGCAUAAAUAAUUGUGUUUAUGUAUAUGUUAGUUUUACAGUUAGAUAACAAAAAAUAUCAGCAUUGGUCCAAAUGUCAAUUUUUUUUUUUCAAAUUCACGAAUCGUAUCCUCAUCUCUGAUUUUCUAAGGUAUGUCCUAUUUUUCUUUGUAGUAUCAAGGUCAUCUACAUUCCUCUUUGUUAAUUCUGGGAUACAGCUACAUUUUGCACUGCUCAGUCGUUUAUGCAAAUUUGUUGCUCAUGUUUUUUCAUUAUUGCCUUUGUGGAUUAUUGCCAGUAUUUUUCUGCUUAGUGAUAUUCAUAUGGGGCAAUCCUUCCAAAUUCUUGCACCGCUAGCUAACAAGACCAUAGUCGAAGAAACCAUAGAAUGCAUAAAUAUUAUAAAUAUCAUCCCCUGUGUUUUAUAAUAUAAAAUAACACUAUUUCAUAUUAUGAACAUACUUGGCAGUCGGACCAAUGGUAUUAUUUUUAGCCAACACAAGUUUUAAUAAUCAAAUAACAAUUGUCAUUCCCAGCACACUCUUUAAGCCUUUUUCUCUUUUCAGUGGGUCAGUUUCAGCCACAGAAUAGGGCUUUGAUGGUUUUAGAAUAUAGAUCAUUAAAAAAUAAGAAGAACUCUCCAAACGCUUAGUUUUUAUGUUCAAUAUGAAUAGACAUAUCGCCCUUCAAAAAACUUAAUGAAUGACUUCAUCUGCUGUGAUAAUACUAUCAUUAUCUCUUCCACCUUGGGUUUAUCAAUCAGUAAGUCAUACAUUUGCACCAGUUGGGUGACUUGAAGCAUGGAAGAAACCAUGGUAUGCAACACUGCGGUGGAUGAUGUCCCACACGAUGUUUUUUGUAAGAGAGAGAUCUCCAUUAAUAUUGGAUGUGGGAACUUGGGUUUUGGAUGGGUAGAUCUUAUUCUUCUAUGCUUAUAUAUGAUUUGCAAUACACUAAACACGAUUCCAUGACUUGUGUAACCCAUGGAGCUUAGCUCCCUUUUUUUUAGCAUUAUCAGCAAGCAUACUAUGAAAAGUCUUUUUUCCCCUUUCUACUAGGACUCCACAAGCUUUGUGUAAAUAACAAAAUUUUAACAGAACUCCCUUGCACAAAUUAUCAUUCCUUUGAACGGGUUUUGAGGAGCUCUCCUCAUCUUUAGCGUCUGCCUGCGUCUCUAGCAAAUUUUCAAUCACGAGUAAAUGCUGAAGGUGAGGGCAGAGCCCCCCGAAAGAGGUUCAAAGAAAUAAAAAUGUGUGCUAGUGAGCCCCUUUAAAAUUUUGUUUUUUAAGCAUACUAUAAAUUUUAUGAUCAUUAACUGGACCAACUCAUCAAAUCCUUGGUCUUCUGACUCUACCAUGGGAGUUCAAUCUUUUGAUUGGUUGGUGGCAUUUCACCAUUCUACUACAGAGGUUGAUAAUCUCCUUCCCCAUAUUCUAUGUUCUUUUGUUCCUUUUUAUUUCUUCUGUGAAAUCGGGCAGAUUUCUUAUUCUAUUCAGCCAAUGAUUUAUCUGAUUCCAAAUUAAAUUAUCGUGCAUAAAUAAUCUUUAUCUUGCUCUGCCCACAGUCAAAUUUUCCGAGCAAUUGAACAUCCAUUGAGUCGACGCCAAGUAAGUUUAUGCACUUUUAGACUGCGACAGACGGUAGUGUGAUGUCAGUUUCACAUUGAAAUGAAGUGCAAGGAUCCAGAUGGCAGAUCCACUGUUGCAGUCUAAAAAUGCGUAAACAUACUUGGUACAAACUCUAACUUUCUCUUAUCUUGUCCAAUAUAUCCUAAAUCAUACCCUUACUGCAGAAGAUCUUGUUUUUAAGUUAGUUUUUAAGUAUUAGAGAUUCAAUAAUUUUCUUGGUGUCAGAGAGACGUUGGCAACUACAUCCAGACUAACAUAAUCUCUAAAGAAUUAGCUGCCCACCUGAGAAGUUUUUAAAGUGUAGUCCUAAUAAUGAGUUGGUUUUUUGUUUUUUGUUUUAAUUUCCUUAAAAGCUUUGUUUUUGUUCUAAUAAAUUUGUCUGUUUUAGAAAUCAUUCAAUGUUCAGUUUUAAGUUAAAUCAUUUCGAUCUUGAUUGUUUUGAUAAAAUAGACUCGCAAGAAAAAUGGAAACUGGUCUCUUAUAAAUUUGUAUAAAAUUUCAGUAUCUCAUACUCGUUAUUAUUUCAAGUCAAAAUCUCUAGUUUCAGGAAGUUUAUCUUCCAAUUUUAAUGGAAAUUUGUUGAAAAUGUGAAAAUAAUAUAAAAUUUUGCAAAACUUUGAGACCUUAUACGCAUUCAUGUUCCCAGCUAUGAUGCAUUAAGGUAAAGUUCAUUCAUUUUAAACCUGUAACUCCACUGUAAAGUGACAUUAAAAAAAUACAAUGAAUCUAAAUGAAGAAUGGCUCAAUCUGCGAUUAUUAUUCUGUAAUCGGUUUUACUCUUCAAAUUCAUGUAAGAAGAAAAAAAAAUUUAAUGUAUCUAUUUUGCAAAAGAAUCAAAUUUUAUUAUCAAAUGAUGCUUCUCGUGUUGAGAGAAUCCCAGAUCCUUUGUUAAUUUGUUCUCAUACCUCAUACCUGUGAUUUUAUCUCCAAUUAAGUGUUUUAAUAAAGUAAAAGAAGUGUUAUUUUUCAAUAGA